AUGGCACCCAGGAGGCCAGCAGCAAGGUGGGGGACCGAGAAUGUUGAGACUUAUGGUGAAGGAAUUUCUCUGGUCAGAUUCAAGAAUAAGAGUGUGAAACAGAGGACGUGGCGACCUCACUAUUCACAGGCCUUCGUGGGGAGCAUCCGCGAGGGACAAGGCUUUGCAUUUCGAAGAAAAUUGAAGAGUCAGCAAAAUUAUAAGAAACUGCUAUGGCAGAAUAAGAAGGCUCGAACUUCACAGGAAUCCCAAUUCAGAGAUCGAUACCCUGAACAUCUGAAACAUCUCUAUUUAGCUGAAGAGGAAAUACUCAGGAAGCAACUUAGAAAAGUUGACCAGCCUUUGUCAGAAGAACAAGUUAAUCAGGCUUUGCCAGCAGAGCAAUGUAACAUUGACCAGGCUUUGUCUGAAGAACAUUAUAGUAUUGACCGGCCUCAGCCAGAAGAACAAUGUAAAGAAGAAAGGGUAAACUUCAUUAUUAUUCCAAAAAAAAACUAAAAGAAAACAUCAAAUCAAAAAGCACAAGAAGAAUAUGAACAGGUACAAGCUAAGCGUGCUGCUAAGAAACAAGAAUUUGAGAGGAAAAAGCAAGAGAAAGAAGAAGCUCAAAGACUCUACAAAAAGAAGAAAAUGGAAAUAUUUAAAAUAUUGAGCAAAAAGACUAAAAAGGGCCAACCAAACUUAAAUUUACAGAUGGAGUAUCUUAAAAAAAUACAAGAAAACAAUUAA